UUGCCUGUUCUUGAUGCACUUUUCAAAAAAUCUACAGCAGCAUAGAGACUACAGCAGUUUCUGAUAUUCAUUAAAACAAGGUUUUAAUUUGAUUAAGCUUAAUAUUAUUUAAUGCACUGAACGAGUACACCUGUCUUAUUAAUAAUUCCAUAAAGAAUAAGCGUUUUGACAUCCUUUAUUCUUAAAAGGUGGGGGGAAGGAAAACAUCAAAAAUGCCUGUCUCACGGGGUACAAAGAAAACCAGCAAAAUCCCCAAGCUAAGCAGUAAGCCUGGAAGCACGGAGAAUGUCCGGUCUGAAAAGGAGAGCAUUCAGACCAAGCGAUCUCCAUCCUCUCCUCAAGGAGCCCCGAAGAAGAGAUCUGCAUUUGGAGACAUUACUAAUGCCAACAAAAUACAAACAGUGCAGCCAAAGCAGAAGGAAGCUGGCAAAACCUUGAUUAAGAAGGCACAAAAAAGUACCAAUGUCACCACAAACAAUCAAACCAAUCUAAAGUCAGUGGAUAAAAUCCCAACUAAAGAGAGCCCCCCUGCUGAGCUGGAGCAGAAGGAUGUCCAGAAAUCAGAAGAAAAAAAAAACAACUUUCUGUCUGAAGAGAAACCAGUUGAGAUUCCUGCAAUUGAUGACAUUGAUAAAGAAAACCUUGAGGAUCCUUGUUUGAGUGCAGAAUAUGCCAAAGAUAUAUUUGAUUAUCUCAAGAAAAGAGAGGAGAAAUUUGUCAUUCCAAAUUACAUGGACAAGCAGUCUGACCUGAACAAGGAGAUGAGAGCCAUCUUGGUGGACUGGAUGAUCGAAGUUCAGGAGAAUUUUGAAUUGAAUCAUGAGACCCUGUACCUUGCUGUGAAGCUGGUGGAUCACUUUCUGGCAGAAACAGUGUGCAUGAGAGAGACCCUACAGCUGAUUGGCUCCUCCGCAAUGCUCAUUUCCUCCAAAUUCGAGGAGCGCUGUCCGCCCUGUGUGGAUGACUUCAUGUACAUCUGUGACGAUGCGUACAAAAGGGAGGAGCUAAUCGCCAUGGAAAUGAACAUUCUGAAAACACUUCACUUUGAUAUCAGCAUUCCCAUAGCCUACCGCUUCCUGAGGAGAUAUGCCAAGUGUGCUCGGGUCUCCAUAGAGACACUAACCCUGGCCCGCUAUAUCUGUGAGUUGACCCUGCAAGAGCUGGACUUUGUUCCUGAGAGAGCCUCCCAUCUUGCUGCUGCCUGCCUGCUCCUCACGGUGUCCAUGAAGGGGCUUGGAGGCUGGACCCCCACACUGCAGUAUUACACAGGAUACACUGCUGAAGAGCUGGUGGGCCUGGUCAAGAGGUUAAACCGCCUCAUCACCUACCCGGACGACAAGUUGAAGGCUGUCAGAAACAAAUACUCUCACAAGGUGUUUUUCGAAGUGGCAAAACUGAAGCCCCUCGACAUGCUGAAACUGCAAGAAAUAAUAAGUGAAUACGUGGAGAAGUUGCCAUAGCAACAAGAGAAAGAAAUGUAUUAUGCAAGAAAUGUAAAUGUAUAUAAUUUGUAACUAUUUAUAUGGUAUGUACCGUUUUUGAUGUUCUAAAAAAAAAAAAAAUGUAGUUCUAACUUGUGUAACCUUUCUCUUGACUUAAAAACAGUAUGACUCAAGGUGACUCAAACUCUUGUUGCUAGGAUCAUGCUUACUGUGCAGUACUAAUGCAUGUUCUAGUAAGAACUUCAGGUUGGUACUAGUUUAACACCACGUGCAAUCUUACUGGGAUUUGUUGUGAGGAUGCUUCAUCAAUGCUUAAGAAAAAUAAAUAAUUCAGCUGUUAAUGAUUCUAAAUAACCAAGCUUUUAACAGAUGGAAGCCUGUUUUUCAACAAGAAUUUGCCACAUGCUUGCAUUUUAUUCUGGUAAUAUUGGUCUUUCCACAGUAAUAUUUUAUUAUUUUUAGUUCCCUGGUUGCUAUAGUGAAAGUCAAUUAAUUUCAUGUAAAACUAUGGUCUGCUAUUCUGGGUCAGUGGAGUACGUCUGUGAACGUUUUGCGUUGGUGAUUGGAGUUUGUGUGUAUAUAUGUGUGCACUAAAUGUUUCCUUCUCUGACUGUAUCUAGUAAAUUGGCAGGAGCAUUAUACUGUUGACUCUCCAAUUGAGUUCACCAAUUACAAUUGACAAUAAGUAGCUAUAUUGUGGUGUUCUCAGCCAGAGACACUGUCUGCUAUUAGUAAAAGUAUUUGGUAGGUUUGUUUUAUAAUCAAAUGUAUGUUUAUUUUAUAA